AUGGGUCGUGGAAAACGCCGACGUCACCCAGCGGUCCAUGCUAUUAAAUGGAAGCGACGAAGUUCAAGGGACAAGACAAUUGCAGGGUUUGCAAAAUGCAAAUGCAAAAAUGAAGAACCGGAAUCUUGGGGUUUCACUGCCGGUGGAAGCGAGGCGAGGCGGAACGGAGAGGAUCCAUCUGCCGAUGAAGAUGGAAAACAGCCCAUCUCAACAUCGUCCCAUGUUUUAAACGGACGUACGAUCGAUCACCCGGAGAACAUAGAUGGAGAUCUGGCCAUGAUUUCAUAA